AUGAACAUGCAAGACGCUAACAAAGAGGAGUCGUACUCGAUGUAUCCCAAAACCUCUUCUCCACCACCACCUGCCUCAACCAAUAUGCAAAUUCCCAUCUAUCAAGCACCUAUGCAGAUGUAUGGCUACACUCAAGCUCCCUAUCUGUACCCCACGCAGAUGCCCGCUUAUUCGUUCAACAUGGUUAGCCAAAACCAGCCAAUGUACCAUCAAGGCAACAGCCCACACCAUCUGCCUCCUCAGGGCAGCAUAAACGGCGGGAACACCACGAACAACAACAUGAGCAAAAAAAAAUGGCACUCCAGCAGCGUUGCCAGCAACAAUAGUAACAACAACAAUGGCCAGGGCGCCAACGCGAGCGGUAGCGGUAUGAACUACAACAAGUCUCACGCCUACCACCACAAUUACUCGAACAAUCAUGUUCCCAUGAUGAGCUCUCCAAACAACGCCAACAGUGCGUCCACGAAAAAACUGACCAAUUCUUCGAACGCCAACGGUUCUUCAGCUUCUUCCCCCUCCUUCUCUUCCUACAAUUCCUCAUCGCAGUAUGAUUUAUAUAAGUUUGAUGUAACUAAGCUGAAGAAUCUCAAGGAAAAUUCCUCAAAUUCUAUUCAAUUACCGCUGUUCAUAAACACCACCGAAGCGGAAUUUGCCGCAGCAAGUGCACAGAGGUACGAAUUAAACUUGAAAACUUUAGACUUGUAUUCUGAAAGUCUGGAAAAUCAGACCGUUGAAAAAAGCGUCGCUCAUCGCCAUGCGAAAGGUCACAGUAUACCGAAACCAAUCGAGGAAUCAAAGACAGAAGCGGAUAAAGAGCAGGAAGACACGGAUGACAGAAAACCACCAGCGAGCAAAGAUACUCACGAAUACCAAAAAAAAAUAGAAUUAAAGAAGGACGAUAUCAAACCGGAACAUGACGAGAAAGCUAUCGAAGAACCUCAACCCGCUACUUUCGACGCCAUACCUGAUGAGAAAGAAGCAGAAGAGACCGACGAAGAAGACACUUCAAAGACAUCUUCCCCCACGCCUGCCGCAGCAAAGUCUUGGUCUGCUAUAGCUUCAGAUGCAAUCAAGAGCAGACAAACAAGUAAUAAGUCAGCCUCAGGUUCGACCGCCAGUAAAACACCGACUUCCAUGGCAGCCGCAAGCACACCAGCAACAGCCGCAGCCGCAGCCAUCAUAGCAAAAUCUCACUCUCCACUUUUGUCCAAACAACCCCAAAGAAAGGACAAGAAGUACGUUCCACCUUCCACUAAAGGUAUCGAGCCACUAGGUUCCAUUGCAUUGAGAAUGUGUUUUGAUCCCGAUUUCAUUACUUACGUGUUACAGAAUAAAGACAUUGAAAACAAAUUCCCGCUCCAUUCCAUUAUUCCGAGGGGUAUAAUCAACAGAGCCAACAUUUGCUUUAUGAGUUCCGUCUUACAAGUGUUGCUUUACUGCGAGCCAUUUAUCGACGUAUUGAACGUCCUGAGUACUCGGAAUACCAAUUCAAGAAUUGGGACAUCAUCCUGUAAAUUAUUAGAUGCCUGUCUGACCAUGUAUAAACAAUUCGACAAGGAAACCUAUGAAACAUCUUUGGAAAGUGCAGACGAUAAUGAAAGAUCUACAGAAACUGACGCGAAAAAACCGUCGAGGUCCAAAAAUUUCCAACACAGCGUCAACGCCGAGGCCGUUAAACCAGAUGAAUUUUACAAAACUUUAUCAACUAUUCCAAAAUUUAAAGACCUACAAUGGGGUCAUCAAGAGGAUGCCGAAGAAUUUUUGACUCAUCUACUAGACCAGUUGCAUGAAGAAUUAAUCUCCGCCAUUGAUGGUUUGAGUGAUAAUGAAAUCCAAAACAUGUUGCAAAGUAUUAACGAUGAACAGUUGAAGAUCUUCUUCAUCAGAAAUCUAUCACGUUACGGCAAAGCAGAGUUCAUCAAAAAUGCCACCCCUAAAUUGAAGGAAUUGAUAGAGACGCAUGGUAUGAUUAAUGACGACUCAACUGAAGAAAACGGUUGGCAUGAAGUUAGUGGCUCUAGCAAAAGAGGUAAGAAGACCAAGACUGCCGCGAAGAGGACUGUAGAGAUUGUUCCAUCACCAAUUUCCAAGUUGUUUGGUGGUCAAUUUAGGUCCGUAUUAGAUGUACCGAACAAUAAAGAAUCUCAAUCCAUUACACUAGACCCUUUCCAAACAAUUCAGUUGGACAUUUCAGACUCAAGCGUUAAUGAUUUAGAAACUGCAUUCAAAAAGUUUAGCGAAUAUGAACUAUUACCAUUUAAAUCAUCAUCAGGUAACGAUGUUGAGGCGAAAAAGCAAACCUUCAUUGAUAAAUUACCACAAGUUCUUUUAAUCCAAUUCAAAAGAUUCUCAUUCAUAAAUAAUGUGAAUAAGGAUAAUGCAAUGACGAACUACAAUGCGUACAAUGGACGCAUUGAAAAAAUUAGGAAAAAAAUUAAAUAUGACCACGAAUUGAUCAUUCCUGAGGAAUCAAUGUCUUCCAUUACGCUGAAGAACCAUACCUCAGGCGCCGAUGAUAGAAUAUAUAAACUAACUGGUGUGAUUUACCACCACGGCGUAGGCUCUGAUGGCGGCCAUUACACGGCUGACGUUUAUCAUAGUGAGCACAAUAAGUGGUACAGAAUAGAUGAUGUAAAUAUCACCGAAUUGGAGGACGAUGAUGUUUUGAAGGGUGGAGAGGAAGCUUCUGAUUCGAGAACUGCCUACAUUUUAAUGUAUCAGAAGAAAAAUUAG